AUGCAGGCUUUAUUUAAAGUACAACAAGAUGUUGAAGUUAGAAUAAGAAAUGCUAAAAUGAAUUAUAGUAAAUCACCUAAAGAUCGUAUUAAUCAACAGUAUAUUGAAGCUAGAUUAGGAAUAUUAGAAGCAUUAUGGUCGAAGUUUUUAACAACUCAUGAUAUAAAAGGUACAAAAAAGGAUGAUUUAAAGGAUAUUGAAUAUGACAAUUUAUAUGAUAACGUUAAAGAGUGUUAUGUAGAAUAUAAAUGUAAAUUAACAACUGAUUUAGCUAAAUAUAAUGUUGAGAAAAAUGAUCAAAAUAGUUCUAAAAAUAAUGAAGCUGAGUUAAAAGGCUUGUUGGUUCAGUUACCAAAAAUUACUAUUUUUCCGUUUUCGGUAAAAUAG